CUGCACACACACACACACACACACACACACACACACACACACACACACACACACACACACACACACACACACACACACACACACACACACACACACACACACACACACACUCAGACACUCACUCACGCAGAUGCGCGCGCGUACAUCCAUGACACACACAGGCACGCGCUUUCACUGUGGGACUUUCUCGCGUUACCUUCGCUACGAGCCUUCAGGACAUUGGACAGCUCUGUGAUCAUGCAUCUACAGAUUGAUCUAAAUUCAAUAUGCUUCGUAUUUUAAUAUCGAUCGAACAUCUACAUCUGAAGGAGGCUGCGUAGCGUGGGCGUCUAUACAUCCGAACGGAUUCGUUAUCUAGCAGCCUGCUUCUCUAUUCCUCUAUCCUCGCUUCCUUGUCAUACUGUCAUGGUCAAUUUGCUUUGCCUCUGCUGCGGCGAAAUCCCACAACCCCGCCCCCCCCAGUCCUCCCAGUCGGGAGCACCGCGGGAUCCCCGGUUCCCGAUUAUGCAGCAGCUUGGCUCGGGCCCAGCGGCUCUGGGGCGGAGAAGGGAGCAAGAGGAAGCAAAGAAGGAGAGGCUCAUCCCAAAGCAGGCUAAUAAACGCGAGUGAUAGGGGCUCGGCGAUGAGUGAAGUGCAGCAUGUUUUCCCCCGAUGCAGACAGUGAGACCACUGCGGAAGGAACAGCGGCCAGUAGACCGAACGAUGAGGAGGAUGAGGGGGAAGAGGAGGAAUCACCGGUUAACAUUGAAGUCCCAGAGGAGCAACACCCCGUCAAGCAGUCCCUGGGCGCGUGCGUGUGCCGGGAGUCCCACUGGCGCUGCCUGCUGCUCUCCCUGCUCAUGUACGGCUGCCUGGGCGCUGUGGCCUGGUGCCAGCUGGCCCGCAUCACCAAGAUCAGCUUCAACUCGGCGCUCACCUCCUCCUUCGCCUCCCCCAUCACCUCCUCUCUGCGGGGCGGAGCCUCCGGCGUGGGCAUAGGGGGAGGAGGAGGAGGAGGAGGAGGAGGGGGGCACUCCAUGAUCUACCACGACAGCCCCUGCGCCGACGGCUACCUCUACAUCCCCCUGGCCUUCCUCAGCAUGCUGUACGUGGUGUACCUGCUGGAGUGCUGGCACUGCCGCGCCCGCAGCGACCUGCAGUCGCGGGCCGACGUGGACGGCGUGUACGAGCGCGUGCUGCGGAUGCGGGCGGCGCGGCCCUGCGUCUGGUGGAAGGCCAUCAGCUACCACUUUGUGCGGCGCACGCGGCAGGUGACGCGCUACCGCAACGGCGACGCCUACACCACCACGCAGGUGUACCACGAGCGCGUCAACACGCACGUGGCCGAGGGCGAGUUCGACUACGGCCGCUGCGGCAUGCGGGACGUGUCGUGCGACCUGCGCGGCCUGGAGCGCCACCCCGCCACCCGCCUGCGCUUCACCAAGUGCUUCAGCUUCGCCGGCGCCGGGCCCGAGAACUCCUACCUCAACCAGCGCUCCCGCUUCUUCUCGGAGAUCGAGGGCAUGGACGACUACAUGGAGGCCCGCGAGGGCAUGCAGCUGAAGAACGUGGACUUUAAGGAGCACCUGAUCGCCUACCUGGACCCCGAGCGCCCGCCCUGGUACACCUCCCAGCUGGCCUUCUGGCUCGCCGCCCUGCUGAUGCUGUCCUGGCCGCUGAGGGUGCUGAUGGAGUACCGGACCUCCUACGUCCACUACCGCAUCGAGAAGCUGUUCGGCCUGGAGUACAGCUACAGCAGCCCCUCCCCCGACGACGAGGACGUCCCGGCCCGGCCCGGGGGCGCCGGCUGCGGCAUCCCCCGCGUGGACACCUGCGACAGCACGGAGCUGGAGUGGCACAUCCGUUCCAACCACCAGAUCAUCCCCAGCUACUCCGAGGCCGUGCUGUUCGACCCCGAGGCCGCGGACCCCGGGGCGCCGUGCGGGGCGGGCGACACCCCCGUCGGGGACCCCGACGACGACACGCCCUCCGCCAACCGCCACCUGUUGGACGGCGCGGGCCGGCAGCCCGCCGCCGCCGCCCCGGGGGGCUACGGCGCCCUGCUGAGCGCGGAGGACUGCGAGCGCUGCUCCCAGCGGCAGAGCCGGCACGGGGGGGCGGGUGAGGCGGGGGGGCGGCGGCGGACCCUCACCAGCUCCAGCUGCUCCUCCCUCUUCUCGUGCCGCGGGGGCCUGCUGCACUCGCGCCUCUCGCUGGACACGUCGCGCUUCUCGCUGUGCCGCAUGUACGGCUCGCGCCGCACGGUGGGGCUGUGGCGGAGCCGCAGCAGCACGCUGACCGACCGCUUCUGCGCCGACCGCCGCUGCUGCCGCUCGGACUCCAGCCGGCUGGCGCUCAACGAGAGCCCGCCCACGUACCGGGACGCACGCUUCUUCCCAGUGCUCAUCGUGCACCGGCAGGAGGGCCGCGGCGGCGAGGAAGACCGCGACGUGCGGCGCUACUUUGUGCGACGCGGCUCCUGCUGUGUGGAGACCUCGCUGUGAGGGUCCCGCUGCGUUGAGACCUCGCUGUGGGGGUCCCGCAGGCCGACCUGGGGAAUGCUUAGGGGCCGUGGGGAUGAGUUGUGGGAUGCAGGUUAACCUAGGGAUCGGUUAGGGACCGUGGCUAUUUGUUACACGCACGGAAUUACAUGGGAAAAUAUUUUAUAAGUUUGAAAUUCUGAUGUGUUUCUAUUGUAAUAUAUACAGUAAUCAAUAUUCUGUUUCCUUCAUGUGGAUUCCUCCAGGUUGGGGUUAGUAUGGUAUCUAUGUAUGGUGUAAAAGUGCAUUGUAACAUCCUAUCAUGUAACAAAGUCAUAUUCACCCUCUGACAGCAUUUUCAGGAAGCAAGCAUUCAGGAAGGUUCUCUGAUUUCACGGCCAAUGAAAUGAGAGCAAUGCUGAGCUCAUAGCUGCUUUCACGGCUCAUAACCAUGGUGGGGGAGAUAACCACAGAACGUGUUAUUCUGAUGUGCUACAUGUGUGUUUGUGUGGAGGAACUUAGAAGAAGGGGGGGCAUGUUGAGGGCCCUGCAGGAGGAACUGGGUGUGCAUGCUGUUGUUACCAAAGAUCCUGUCUGUCAGUCAAGCGGAGGACGAUAGAUUGAGACCAAAGGCCUUCAGGUUGAUGGAAGUUUACUGUCUUCCCUCCCCCCCAUGCAUUUGUUUGGGUAAUAUAUAUGUAAUAAAGAUGAACAUGUCUUGCCAGAAUGAAUGCUAUUCAAAAGAUGGCUCAUGAAUAAGGACUUUACAUAAAAUAUUUAUUUAAUUUCAUUGUAGUAUUUUUUGCAUUUCCAGAAAUGUGCUGAGUGGGAAGGAGGAAAACGAGGUGAAUCCCACGUGCAUCCAUUCAUUCAGCUUAAUGCUCUUUGUAUUGCGCUCAAUGUGGUUCACAUUCUUCCACAACCACACACACGCAUAAAGCCUAUUCAGAAUCACGAUGGGAGGCUGGUGCAUGAUAAAGGAAACAUAAAGGCUUAAUAUUCAGCCAAUUCAGCUGUAAAAUGACAAACGACUUGUUAGCAAUGCCCACAAUUUGUAUGGAGACUUAACAUGUUGCCGAAGUAAUAAUAAAAACAAAAUGAAAACAAUGUACAAAAUAAUCACAAUAAUUGAUUGUGUGUGUGUGUGUGUGUGUGUGUGUGUGUGUGUGUGUGUGUGUGUGUGUGUGUGUGUGUGUGUGUGUGUGUGUGUGUGUGUGUGUGU